UGCAAUGCGCAUUUUGCACUUUUACCCUGUCCAGCCAACAAGGACGUAUAUACUCCGUACUGUUUAAUUGCUUUUUAAAUAAACAGUUGUUGUCAUGAUGUGUGAAUGCGUGAACUUUACAGAGGGGGAGUUCUAUCAGGGGCAUUUUGACUCGCGCGCAUAUGUUCAGAACUUUUAUUCCUGUCCUCGUGGACACUCUGACGAGAAAGAUUUCCUUUCUUUCGUUUUAGGAUGUCUUAGCCGAACUUUUUCAACGGGGAAACACAAAGGCCAGAGACUGAUUGAUGUGGGGAGCGGACCGACUAUCCACAGCGUCAUAAGCGCGUGCGACUUCUAUGAAGAGAUCGUGCUGUCUGAUUUCACAGACAACAAUCGCAGAGAAAUUGAAAAUUGGCUAAAACACGAAGAUGGAUGUUUUGAUUGGAAACCCGUGUUGCGGUACGUUUGUGAACUGGAGGGGAAAAGUCCAUCCGAUUUGGAGACUAAAUUGAAGCAACGAAUCAAAAAGGUUUUAAAAUGUGAUGUCCGAUUGGAGAAUCCAUUCUAUCCGAACACAUUGGAACCAGCUGACUGUGUCAUUACUUCCCUGUGCCUGGAAGCAGCAUGCAAAGACAUCGAGACAUACCACUACGCCUUGCAUGGAAUAUCCAAGCUCCUACGUCCUGGUGGACUUUUGGUCAUGGUUGGUGUUCUGGGUGAAACCUUCUACAAGGUGGAUGAACAGCUCUUUUCCUGUCUUAGGUUGAGUCAGUCUAAUAUUGAGGACGCACUCCAUGGUUUAGGCCUUUCUGUCCAUGAGUUUAAUAUUCUGAAAGCUGAAGAUUGGGAGAACAGCUCUGUGUCUGACUUUGAAGCCGUUUUUCAACUAGUGGCACAAAAACAACCUUACUAGACAUGUCGUCUAUUAAGAAAGCAAAUAGAGCAAUUUAUAGAAUAGCACAAAAUGAGUUGUGUUUAAAGCUUUGAGUGCAUCUUUUUUUAUCACAAUCUCUUCUUUAUUAAUAAAUGGCAUAAUAGAAAAUUUUGCAGUUUGGAUGGCAAACAUAAAAUGCAUGACUUAUAAUUGCUUGUAUUUAAUACUAUAAGACAAAAGCUUCAUUACAUUGAUAAACAUUACUGGCUCAUUAAAAAAUGUUUAUGUGAAUUAUCAUGUUCAUAUACAGUCUCAUCACUUACACUCAGCUCACUUCGAAAUCAGGUUAACGUUGAAGUUACAGUACUUAAAUAAUUCAGUAAUUCAAAUGCAGAAUUGUGAAAAGUGUGAUUUGACAGUCUACAAACAAAGACAGAUGGUUGACAUUUAGCACUAUAUAACUGACAAAGCUAUGGGCUGUCCCAUGGAGCAUCAUUUCGUGAAAACGAUAUAUUCAUUACUUGAAAAACUAAAAUUGGAUGUGAAUGAACGAUAUCAAAUGUUGAUACUGUACUGAAAAUCACAUUGAAUAAACAGUAAAAAGACCAAAAGACUUA